AUGUCGGCCUUUGCGCUCAAAUCGGGUUUGAGAAAGAGCAUGCUUCGGACUUUGCGAUCAAUGUCAGAUGUGCGAGUGGAGGAGCAAUCCCAGACGGUGUUCCGUAUACUCUCACAACAACCUUUCUACCGUGAUGCCAAGACCGUGGGAUGUUACCUAUCCAUGGCUCAUGCCGAACUUCGUACACCUCUCAUUGUAGAUGAUCUUCUUUCUCACGGACAGAGCCUGUUUGUGCCCUAUCUCCCCCCCACCCCCGCUGAUCCAAUCGAUCAAUCGACAUUCCACGCUCCUUCCGCUUCAGUAGAGAACACCAUCGAUGCUGCCGAUAUGCAUUUCCUCAGACUUUAUUCCAAGGAAGACCAAGCUGCAUGUCCAUUGGACAAAUGGGGUAUCUUGGAUCCUGGAGUGCAUAGGGGAGAUGAUCCGUCACAGCCGAGGAGACAAGAUGCUUUGAAUCUUGACGCACCUGAUUUGGACGUGAUACUUUUACCAGGUGUCGCUUUUGACCAUUCAUGCAAUAGAUUGGGAAGAGGGAAAGGAUAUUAUGAUCGCUACAUUCGUCGAUAUACCAACACCAGACCAUCCCCUCUUCUAGUCGGCCUUGCUUUAACACCGCAAAUCUUACCUCCGGGAGAAGAGGUCCCCACGACAGAAAUGGAUGCCAGUUUGGACUGUGUCAUCUCCCCUUCUGGUCUCACGUGGCGGAAAGGAGCGGAAAGACAUAUCCCUCGCUCAAUAUCUGGCAUCUAUAGAGGAGCUAUCAUGAUUGACGGGCCAACAUCUGUUGAUCAGAUGCAUGGUUUGUUCUCAGAGCUGUUCUACUACCCUGGUCACACAUUCUCACCUUUACCACAUUUUGACAUCUCUCAGCAACCUCAGUCACCGUCGAGAAUUGUAUUCUACGCUCUCCGCCCAACCCCUUCAUCUCUCCGUCUGGCCAUAGCUUUCAUCCAAGAUCAAAGUCCGCAUGUUCAACGUCUUAGGCGACACUUGUACCCAGGGGCCGUCAUCCGUCUUCCCUCUACAGACUUUCGUUCAGAGAGCAUCUGCCCCGCCUUGAUGAACGAACCGAUUUUUCAGCUUGACUCUCAGCGACCGGGAAUGGAGAUCAUCCGUCUCUUUCCUCACAAAGAUGGCGGUACAGAAUGGUCACUCUGUUUGUCGGAUUCACCACACCAUACGAAGCAAGGUUUGUCACCGCUGUCUAGACCUAUGGAAGAAGUCGGAUUGUUUAGGUCCGUAGUAGAAGCUCGUCCACAUGGGAACAAAUAUGGAACUGGUUAUCAAGUCAAACAUGAGGUUUCGAUCUCGAAGUACGCCGUCCUCAACAUCCCGUUGGCCGUUGUCACUCCGGCUCAAAGGAUCAAGCCGACAGCCGGUGCCUUUCUCCCUUCUGCACCGCCUCCGGAGCCCCACAGCUUCAACCACCUGCAGAGGGUGUAGUCGACGAAGGAUACAUCGACCGAAGUCUCCGUGACAAGGUUUUCAUUCUUCUGUUCUGUACCCUGGGCCUUGGAAUCGAAGUCGUCAGCUCCACAAGAGGUCCCGAUUGACACGGACAACAAGUCUACGUACAUCGCCCCUGGACAGGACCGCGCGGGCCCCCACAAAUGAACUCCCCACAAAAGGUACACCCCCCCAACGUCAUCAAUUGAGACAGUACUCAAACGCGCCCCUCUGACCUCCGUGUCCUUCCUUGCAUGUUACACCCACGGACAGGUGUAGCGUAACGCAUAGCCAGUAGACAUGGUGAGACUUUGACCGGGUUCUAAAAUGGUGGCUUGGCAAAGGGUGGCUGUGUAAACGUUUGUUUCCCACAUACCCGAGUGGUUGUUCCACUCUGUUCUCUCACCUGUCAGAAGGGAAUACACCCGCUGGCCGCUGAACCGUUAACGACUGUCCGUCCACUGACAUGGGGGUCUCAAGGAGUUCGUUGGAGGAUAUAAACUGACCCGGACACCCCUUACGUCCAUCCCUUCUUCCAACUUCUUCUGACUUUUCAUUCAAUAAGACC